UUAUUUUAACCGUCGCAGACUUACCGACUCGUUCGUUACGCCUUUUAUCGUCAUGAGGCUCCUGGUUUGUUUGAUGUUGGUGUGCACGGCAUUUGCCGAGGAGGCGAAAACCGUCGAGAAACGUGGUCUUGGCCUCAGUCUGGGAUACGGCGGAUACGGAGGUUUGGCAGGUUUGGGGGCAUACGGCGAUUACGGAUACGGUCACGGACUCUCCGCGGUUCACACCGUCGAGAAAACCGUCGCUGUUCCAGUCGCGGUACCAAAACCUUAUCCAGUCCCCGUUGACCGACCAUACCCAGUGAAGGUGCCCGUAGCGGUUCCUCAUGCAGUUCCGGUCGCAGUUCCGGUGCCCCAGCCGUACCCAGUCAUAAAGACCAAAACCGUUGCGGUUCCAGUGGACCGACCAUACCCCGUGAAAGUUCCCGUCAAGGUGCCAUACCCCGUGCCAGCCCCGUACCCAGUCAAGGUCGCAGUCCCUCACCCAGUUCCAGUCGCGGUUCCACAACCCGUCGUCGUUAAGGAGACGGUUCCGGUUUACGUCAAGGGUCACGAAAGUUACGGUCACGGAUUGUACGGAGGUGACUACGGACACUACGCGACUAACUUUUGCCAAACGAGCAGGCCUCCACAGUUUUGCACUUUUCGAUCCUCCACCGCCUUUCUCCCCCUUUCGCACGAUUUCGUGAGACAAGGGGCUUUUUCGUAUCGGUCCCAACCUAUAAAAGAAGGAUCUUCAAGAGACUCUUCACAGUUCCAAACAGUCACAAGCAUCUGCAUCAUGUUGACCAAGACAAUCGUCGCUCUGACCCUCGUGGCAAUGGUUUGCGCCGGGCCCACACCGGGAGAAACGAAAACGAAAAACGCCGACAAAGUAAGUGGCCCAAAACAUGAAAAACGAGGAGUUUUGGAUCUCGGUUACGGUUUCGGACCCAGCGCUUCCAGCUAUUCUAGCGAUUUUGGCUUCUCGAGUUUGGAUCUCGGUCAAGAAGUUCAUUCGACUCACGUAAUCACGAAAGAAGUUGGUGUUCCCGUGCCUCAUCCGGUUGCUGUGCCUGUCGACAGACCUGUCCCGUACGCAGUCAAGGUUCCAUACGCUGUUCCAGUAGACCGUCCCUACCCAGUAUCUGUACCGAAGCCAUAUCCAGUCGAGGUAACGAAGCACGUCGCUGUCCCGGUCGACCGUCCGGUCCCUGUCCCGUACGGUGUCCCAUACAAGGUAGCUGUCCCAGCCCCAUAUCCGGUCCACGUGCCCCAACCGUACGCUGUCCCGAUAGUCAAGCACGUCGCAGUUCCGGUUUCACAGCCGUUGGUAGUCGAGAAAUACUCCUCUGGAUGGUCUGGACUCAAAUCAUCGUGGUAAUAAUAAGACAGUGAAAGAAGCAUCGCCCUAAAGACGGAUGAGACUCCGUGGAAGAGAAACAACAAAAAAUAUCGCAACGUCGAGCGUCGAUUGAGUCGAAAAAUCGAAGAAUUUUAAGGAAAGAAUGUUUUCUACCAAUGGCGUUGUCCCGAAUUGUGAUUCGGGACGAGCUCAGAACACCGAUUUCGGGACGAAUGUCGUCCCACGCUAAAAUCUUGGGCGAGUGUGACUCUACGAAGACUUUUGGGACGAAUAAAUACGUUUGUAAAGGUCUCAGAAUAAAAUUUGGGACAAAUGUGUCCCGAAGGUCUUCCAGACUCUAUCGACUCGACAUCUCAAAGAGUAAACACUUUGGAGAACGACGUCUGGGGCUUCAAGAGAGAACAGAACAUCAACUGAAUUUAUUUUUUUACCUUUGAUUAAAUGUCAACGAUAUAUAGAAACACAUAUUUAUUGAUUUUUACAAAAAUCGAUAGAAAUAUGUGCCUGAAAAAUAUUAAAUAUUUUUGUACAAGCCAUUGAGUGAAAUAAAAGUGGUCAAUCAUCCGA